UGAACGACGGUGGCCCUGAGAGAACAGAUGUGAACACGAAUGGCGUUGCGAAGGCAGAGCGUCCUGAGCCAAUUCCGGGACAGGUAACCGCAAGCGGUUGUUGAGCUGAGCGACAGGAGAGGCGUGUGUACAGAAGACUGAGGGACUGGUACCAGAGCCGGGGAGGCAGCGGUCUCCACGAAGUGAGAAGAGGAAGUCCGUGUCCCGUCGCCUCUCCUCAGCGCUUCUCAGACUCGAUUGCCUAGUCCUUGGUGCGUCUGUCGGUCUCAGAGACCCGGUGAGCUACAGGCUGGGGAUGCCUCCAGUAGGGUGCAAGAUAGCAUUGUCUUUGGAAUCGCGAUGCUGGCUCAAGGACUUUCCUGGAGGGAUAGCGGUCCUCUGGUCCACGUCCUUGUGAGUGAAGGGAAUGUGAGAGUGGGAAAGAUAAAAGGCUUCACUGAAGAAGCAUUAUAGAGGUUUCAUCACAUUUCUAAGAUACGAAUAUUUACAGAUUAGAGUUACCAGCCAUCUUAAAGAUUCAUGUUGGAAAUCAAAAUGAAAGCCUUCUGUGAAGUUCUAGAACAGUUAUACCAAAAAGUACUUUCCGGAGCCACACUUGAGAAUGACAGCCAUGAUUACGUCUUUUAUCUCAACCCAGCACUUUCAGACCAAGAUUGCUCUGCAGCCAGCUCCUUAGAAUGGCUGAACACCAGUGCUGUGCCAGGCCAGCAUCAGUUGCUCUCCAUCAAGGUGACUAACAUUCCUGAAGCACCUGUGUGUAUGAAGAGACACUCUCAGAUGAGCAGUGCCCAAGAGAUGAUGCUCUUUCAGUUAACUGUGAUCAAAGUGAUGAUAACCAGGAUAUUGUCUGUUGAAACUGAGAUCCAUGCAAAGGAGAAAUACAGAGAUAUAAUUAAAAUUCUUUUGCAGUCAACUGAAAUUGAUUCUAAAUUGAUCUACAUGUUACAAAAUUCAGACAAAUUGUUGUCUCACAUGGCUGCAAAGUGCCUUGCAUUGCUUCUAUAUUUUCAAUUGAGAGAAAAGAUAACAUUAAGUAAUUCAUGGAUUGCUUUCUGCCAAAAAAAUCUUUAUGGAUAUUCUGCAAGUGAUGAAGCAAUACAUUGUCUCUGGACUCUUACAGUGUUAAUGAAAGAAAUCUUUAAAGAUACAUGUUCAGAAAAAACAGAAAUUUUAAAGCAGUUCCUGACUCCUUUUGAUACUGCUCUUGAAGUAUUCUACGAUUCCUUAUUUUCUCAGCAUUUUGAAAACUGUCAGAAUCCUUCUAAAAUAAUAAACAGCUUGGUAUGUUUCCUGGAAUUGCUUGAACUUCUCAUAACCUCCAGAAUCUACCUGAAGUUACAUUGCAGGAGCCAAAGGAUUUUAUUUUUGAAACCUUCUUGUGUGCUAAAUGUUCUCACUUGGCCUAUUCAGGCUUUUGUCAAAAGAAAGUUGAUCAUAUUCAUCAAAAAGUGCCUUCUCUGUAAAGUGGGCGAAGACCUCUGUCGUGGCUCUGUGUCUGCUGCAGUAUCACCAGAUCAUCACUUAGACACAGAUAUGUUGGCUUUAGCUAAUGCUGUUUUGCAAACUGUGCACCUGGGGUUGUUGAAGACAUUGUCUGUUGACAGAAAACCUUCCUGCUUUGGAGGUGAUGAAGUUCAGCCUGGAUGUGCACAUCUCUGUGGUCCAGAUCAUGUGAUCCUUAGAGCAGCAAGCUUAAUUACAAUGAAAUCCUUAGAAAUCAAGUUUCAAAAUGGUACCUCAACAAAUGAAAUGAAAGUUGAUUUACACAGGUUCAUGUCUGAGUUACUGACCUUCUUAAAGCCUCAUCUUCAGCCCUCACUACAAAUACACAAUCCGUGUGAAUGGCUGUCCAGGGUCUUCAUAGAACAAGAUGAUGACAUGCUGGAGGCUGCCAAAGCAUCAAUGGGCAUCUACCUAAAGUUGAUCAGAGAAUGUGAAGCUACCAAAAGGUUGACUCAAGAAAAGGAAAUGUGGAUGUGCCACACCCAUGAAUAUGGCUAUAAUCCUCACUGUAUUUUCUUAUUCUUCUUAAAAAAUAUAGGAUUUGAUUCUACAGUUCUUCUUGAUUUUUUGAUUUCAUCAGAAACCUGUUUUCUUGAAUAUUUUGUUAGAUAUUUAAAAUUACUGCAAAAAGACUGGGAUAAUUUUUUCACUAUUUGUAAGUUCUUUGAUGCGUCUGAAUCUCAUCAUGGCACAAAUAUUUGUGGUUGUGUUCCCUCACUAGUCCAAGACAGAUGCGCCAACCCCAUACCACCUCAUCAUUUGACCACUCCUGAUAGUCACAGAAAGGAACACACUUGGAUCUCCUGGGCUUCUGAUGAUUCUUCUGAACCACUAAACCAGGUUGUGAUGUCCAAGGAAACCCAUAUCACGAGGGAUCAUAGUCUGUCUUCCCUCCAGGCUUCUCACAGUCUAGUAGAUUAUGAUGACUCUGAUGAUUCUGAAGCAGAAUCCACAAACCAGUGUUCAGCAAACAUCUAUGAACAGACAUCUAUGCACCAAGAAGCACUUAAGAAAAUUCAAGACCCAGCUGGGUCAAGCAAGGAUAAAAAAGAACUUAGCCAUGAGCUUCAAUCAUGGUCUCUGAUUCCAGAAGAAUCUACUACUUCCUUCUCCGUUGAUUGUGAAGCAGUCCCAAAUAACACUGUCUCUGAAGCAAGAAUAUUUUAUAGAAUAAUAAAAUGCUUCAAAGAGCUACAAGAUGCCAUUUGCCGUUUGCAAAAGAAAAAUCUCUUCCCAUAUAAUCCAACUGCACUUUUGAAGUUGCUAAAAAGUACAGAGGCACUGUGUAAUAAAAGUGUGAGCCCUUUGUGAAACAGUGGCAUUUUACUUCAUGAAUUGGUGUUCCUCAGUGUAAAUUGUGUCUCAACGAGAUAAUAGUUAAAAACCAAAAACCAACACUAAAGGGUUUUCUAAAUCUUUUUACCUAUUGGAAACAGCUUAGUGCCUGAAAAAGGUGAAGCAAAUGCCACAUCACUUGAUGUAAUUGUAUGCUUCUUGAAAUUGAUGGUGAUUCAAACAUACAUGAUUUGGGACAGUUAUUGUAUUAGUUUCCUAGGGCUGCCAUAACAAAUUACCACCUACUUAACAACUUAAAACCCCUAAAAUGUAUUCUCUCUCAGUUCUGGAGGUAACAAGUCCAAAAUCAAGGUGUCAUCAGGGAUGUGCUUUCCCUCAAGGCUGCAGAGAAGAACCUUCCCUGCUUUUGGUAUUGCCAGCAAUCCUUGGGGUCUGUUGCUUUGUAGCUGCAUCACUCUAGUCUUGGUUGCUUAUGGCAUGGUGUGUGUGUGUCUAUGUCCAUUUUCCCUCUUAUAAGGGCAACAGUCAUUGGAGUAGGACUCAUUCUAAUGCCUUAUGACCUUGUAUUAACUUGAUUACAUUUGUAAAGACCUUAUUUCUAAAUAAGAUCAUACUUAUACGUUCCAGAUGGACAUGGAUUUUGGGAAUGAAGGUCUAUUGUAUGAACAUGGUCUACUGCAUGAAUGUGAUUCUCUUUCUAAACAUUUCUAGUUGACAUAUAAUAUUUGUAGGUAUUUAAGGGGCACAGUAUUAUAAUUGGGUACAUGUAUAUAAUGUGUAAUGAGCAAGUCAGGGUAAUUAACUAUCUCCAACUCCUCAAAAUUAUCGGUUCUGUGUUGUGAACCUUCAAAUUCUUCUAGUUAUUUUGAAAUGUAUGUUGUUGUAGACUACAGUUACCCUCCUGUGCUGUAGAAUAUUAUAACCAAUUCCCCCAUCUAACGAUGUCGUGGUACCCAGUAUUCAAUCUCUACCCCUUCUUUCCUCCUACCUUCCUAGCUUCUAGUGACCUCUCUUCUACUUUCUUCUAUGUGAUCAACUUCCCUAGUUUCUACAAGAGUGAGAAUUUGCAGCAUUUGUCUUUCUGUGCCUGGCUCACUGCACUUAACAUCCUCUAGUUCCAUUCAUAUUGCUGGAAAAUGACAGGAUUCCAUUAUUUUUAAUGGGAUAAUAUUUCAUCAUGUGUAUACUGUGUACAUAUAAUGCAUCUUUAAUGCAUUAUUUCAUUGAUGGAUGUCUAAAUUGAUUAUAUAUCUUGGCUAUUAUAUCGUACUGCAAUAAGCAUAUACAUGCAAGUAUCUCUUUGAUAUAUUGAUUUCAUUUCCUUUGAAUAUGUACCCAGUGAUAGGAUUAUAUGGUAGUUCUAUUUUCAGUUUUUUGAGGAACCUCAAUACUAUUUAUGUUCCAUAAUGGCUGUACUAAUUUACAUUCUUGCUAACAGUGUAUAAGAGUUCUAACUGCACACUCUCUCCAAUAUUUGUUUUUCUGGUUUUGUUUUUUGACUUUUUUGACAAUAACCAUUCUAACUAGGGUGACAUAUUAUCUCAUUGUGGUUUUGAUUUGCAUUUCUCUGAUUUAUGGUGUUGAUCAUUUUUUCAUAUACUACUGGCCAUCUGCACGUCAUCUUUUUUUUUUUUUUUUUAAUAGUACUAGGGAUUGAAUCCAGGGAUGCUUGACCACUCGAGCUACAUCCCCAGUUCUUUUACUUUUUAUUUUGAGACAGGUUCUCACUAAGUUACUGAGUGUCUUCCUAAAUUGCUGAGGCUGGCCUCAAACUUGAAUUUGUCUUGCCCUCACCCUCCCCCUACUCCAGGUUACGAGGAUUUUGUGUGUCUUUCUUUGAGAAAGGUCUGUUCAGGUCUUUUGACUAUUUUUCUUAAUUGAAGUAUUUGUUUUUGUUGUUGUUUGUUUUACUGUUGAGUUGUUUGAGUUCUUUAUAUAUUCUGGAUAUUAAUCUUCUGUCCGAUGUAUAGUUGGCAGAUUAUUUUCUCCCAUUCUUCAGGUUGUCUCCUCAUUCUCUUGUUACCUCUGCUAUGCAGAAGCAUCUUCAUUUAACAAGUGUCAUUUCCCUUGUUUCACUUUUGUUACAUGUGCUUUUGGGGUCUUAUCCAAAAUAUUUUUGCCUAUACCAAUAUCUUAAAGUGUUUCCCCUAUGUUUGUGUGUGUGUGUAUGUGUGUGUGUGUGUGUGUGUGUCUGUGUCUGUGUGUAUGUGUAUGUGAGUGGUGUAUAGUUCCCAGUUUGACAUUUAGGUCCUUGAUCUAUUUUGAAUUGAUUUUUUUGUGUGGUAAGAGGUAGGGUCUAGUUUUAUUCUUCUAAAUAUCUAUGUCCAGUUUUCCCAGUUAUCAUUUAUUUAAAAGACUGUCCUUUCUUCAAUUACUGUUCUUGACACCUUUGUUGAAAAUCAGUUGGAUGUAAAUAUGUGGAUUAAUUUGUGGAGUUGCUAUUGGGUUCCAUUGGUCUUUGUGCUAAUCCCAUUCUGUUUUGAUUACCAUAGUUUUGCAGCAUGUUUUUGAUAUAAGGCAUUGUGAUGCCUCCAGCUUUUGAACAUGAGUCUUCUAAAAAUUUUUUUCUAGGCAAUUUUUCAGGUAAUUUUCUAAUUUAAAAUUGUUAUGAUAUGAAUAAUUCUGUCUUUCUGAACAGAAGCAGUAAAUGGAGUUUUAUGUUUAUUAGAUUUGUGUAAUAUGAGCAGCAACUGUAUCAUGCUGGUAAGUCUGUCAUUAAAGCAAUCUAAAAUGAUGUCCUUAAAAUACUUUGUAAAUGUUCCCUUUGUAGAAAAGACUUAACCUACUAGACAUUAAAAUUUAUCUUCUGAUUAAUAUUUGAUUUAAUGUUUGAUUAUGGUAAUCAAACCAGUGUAGUACUUACUAAGGUAGAAGUAGAAGGAUUGGUGGAACUGAAUAGAAGAUUGCUAAUUAAAAUAAUGAGGUGCCUAUGUUAAACAGAAAUCCAAAGGUCAAAAGAUUUGUUAGCACACUGUUAGUAAGGAUAUGCAUUCAUUCAGUUUCUACCAUAAGUUGUUUAUUUAUUUUACCCUU